GGCAACGCCCUCUCUCGUCGUGAUUGUCUGACGUCAGAAACGCAAAUCUCACAUUUUGAUUACAAAUUUCUCCGCGGGCGCUAAAGAGCGCUAGGGUAGCUUAUGUUCGGACAGGCCCAGAAAGUCCCGAUGGAGCCGCCGCCGCAUACCUUAUGGCGACGCGACCCGAACCUUUUGCAUGGCCCAAGGAAACUUUUCUCCCGGCGCACGGUCUGGAAAUUCGCAAUCAGCUCGCGGAAAGGGCUCAUUUUUCACGCGAAUCGAAUAAAAAGCAGCUUUUGCCAGAAGAUGCAAAUCGAGGAAAGGGCUGAAGGGGGUUGCCGGCGGAGCCAAACAAGAGGCGCAAAGCAAAGGGCGCUGGUGCCGCGGUGCUGCAGAUCGACUCGUACGGAAAACGCAGCGCGCAGAGAAGAAUAAGAAACGGCGAAAUAAUAAAAACGGCGGCGGCGGCGGUGCCGGAGAGAGAGAAACAAACGGACACGAUUGGAGCAUCCCCUUCUGACAAGUGAGCCGUUAAGCGGCUCCACCAAUGGCGGGGGGCGGCGGCGCCGAGUGCGGCACCAAUAGAAACGGCGCGGCGCAUGUGGAGAAUGAAACAGUGGGACUCACACUCCUCCUCUGGCCGGUGCCGGGUACCCUCGCAGAAGCAGUUUCUUGUGCGUCGCAAUCGGAUCGACUGAAAGAGCAAGCAACACCGCGACUCACACAUAUACGAACGGCAACAACACACAACAACAACAGCACUCUGGGCCUGAAACAUGAGCAUGGACUCGGUCAUGGACUCAUCGAGCAGUGACCGCAGCUCGCCGUCACCACGAAAGCAGAUGUCAUCGCCGCCAGUCGUGGCCCCCCAACCACCCCCGGCCGCCUCACCCUCGCCCAUGCACAUGCCGCCCCCGGGCCACCGGUCGCCGGCCUCGGGCAACAGCCCCCUCGGCUCGCCGAUCGCCACCCCGACCUCGCUGGGCCUGAUGGGCCGGCCGCCUCCGCUGGGACACCCUUCCCUCCUGAUGUCUGCAAUGGGCUCGCUGGCCGGCCUGCCGGCCGAACUGAGCCACCACCACGCGGCGGCGGCCGCGGCCGCCGCCCUCGAGCGCGCCUCCUACAACAGUCCGCCUCCGAUUGCGAGCAACGACCCGACGGCCAACGAGUGCAAGUUGGUCGAGUACCGCGGCCAAAAGGUGGCCGCCUUCAUCAUCUCGGGCGAGACCAUGCUGUGCCUGCCGCAGGCGUUUGAACUCUUCCUCAAACACCUGGUCGGCGGCCUCCACACCGUCUACACCAAACUCAAGCGACUCGACAUCGUCCCGUUGGUCUGCAACGUCGAACAGGUGCGCAUCCUGCGCGGCCUCGGCGCCAUCCAGCCCGGCGUCAACCGAUGCAAACUGCUGUGCUGCAAGGACUUUGACGUCCUCUACAGGGACUGCACCACCGCCAGGACACCUUCCUCCCACACAUACCGGGCAGGAGCCAGCUUGAUGAUGGAUAGCUCCAGACCGGGUCGGCCGCCGAAACGCGCCUCUGUCGGACUGUCGAUCGCCGCCAGCCAGAUGGGACAUCACGCCCUCAAGAAGCACAGACUCGAGAAUGGCUCCGACUACUCGUACGAAAACGGACACCUCGGCGCUGAUUAUUUUUUUACAGACCCGUCAAGACUGGAAAAGUCGCCCCUGCUGGCCAACGGCUACAACCACCCGCCCACCCACCUCAACCCCAUGCAGUUCAUGCAACUGAACCACCACCCCGCGGCCGCACACACGGCCAUCCUGUCGCCGGCGGGCAUCCCGCUGCCCUCCAGUCACGGACUCUCCAGAGCCGACGGCUCCAUCAUCAAAAACCAGCCCAGUGGAAUCCCAGGCAUCGACGCCAUCGCCAGGUCUGGCAUUUGGGAAAACUGCCGCGCUGCUUACGAGGACAUAGUCAAGCAUCUAGAAAGGUUACGAGACGAGCGAGGGGAUGCUGAAAGGGUGCUCGCCCUCAACCACAAGGCACAGGAUCUCAGCAGUUCGUCUAGAAAUGCGAAUGGUGGUCGCAUAAUGGGCCAAUUUUGCGCUACAGGGUCGCCGGCGGGUCAAAGCCCCGUGUUAAAUCUCUCAAAGAGCGGCGGUGGAGGCGGCAGUGCCGGCGAACAGAGUGGUAGUGAGGCCGGAGGUCACACAGGACCCGAAGACGACGACGACGACGACAACGUCAGCGACGUUGACGAAGAGGAUGAGAAGGAGCACGACCUGAGCGACGCAGCCGAACUGAACGCCAGUGUUGCUGGCAGUGACCACGGGGGCCGCGCCGCCCCCGGAGGCCUUUCGCACCAGCAGGCCGCCGCCCUCAACUACUCGACCCUGGUCGGUGCGGCGGCGGCUGCUGCUGGCGGGGUGGUCGACCCCAGCGGCAACAUCUCAUCCACCGAAACCCUCCUGAGGAACAUCCAGGGCCUGCUGAAGGUCGCUGCGGACAACGCACGCCAGCAGGAGCGCCAAAUCAACUACGAGAAAGCUGAGCUAAAAAUGGACGUUAUACGUGAGCGCGAAUUGAAGGAAAGUUUGGAGCGGCAACUUAUGGAUGAACAGAAAAUUAGAGUUCUGUACCAAAAGCGGCUGAAGAAGGAACGCAAAGCUCGCAGGCGACUGCAGGACCAGCUGGAGCUGGAAAUGAAACGGCGGUCGCAGUACGAAGAUGCCCUCAAGAAUUCAGCAGCAGGCGACGCCCUCCGGCUAAUAAACGAGGCGAACGAGCAGCAGAGCAGUGCGCGCGAAACGCAAAGGGAGUCGCCGCCCGCCGCCUCCGGUGCCACCUCUGCCCCCGGCGCGGCCCCCACGUCCUCGGCGCCGAGCAGGCAUUGCGAGCCGCCGAGUGGCGUCGACAAACAGUGGAACUACCCGUCAGGCCUCGAUCUCGUGGCCGGCGGUGCCGCCUUUUGGCAAAAUUACUCAGAGAGUUUAGCCCAGGAGCUGGAGAUGGAGCGCAAAAACCGCCAGCAGCAGAACGCCGCACAGCAGCAGGACAGAGACGUCAAGUCGCCUCUCCAAGAGUCCCGUGCUGGCUACUACAAGAACUCGGUCCUCUUCUCCAGUGCAACCUAAGCGCGCCGCAUGCAAAUGAGCAGCACACACAACACGAGAGAAACACGCAGUAAAAAUAUAUAUGAAUUUGAAUUAAAAAGAAACAACCAGAGAGACACUCCAAGUGCGAAUUCACGCUGCAAUUAUUACAGCAGGCGAUCUCAUUUGCAUAAAAAAUUCAUCCAGCACACACCAUCAAGAAAAAGAAAAAUCAUCGCCCUGAGUGCGCGCAACUUGGAAUUUAUGAUGAAAAUACACACAAACAGUUAAUAAGGGCGCUCUCCGAUGUAAAAUAUAGAAAAACGUUGGUAUUGUAGGAAAAUGAAGAAGCACACAUGAAUUUUAUCGUAUGGACACUAACUACUUGAUGGCGGUUGUUGAAAAUGUGGGAUAAAAAAAGUCGAGUGAGAGUGGCAUUUAUUUAUAUUUAUUGAAUCGUCUCAUGGGUUGUACUAUACGCGCGAUUUUCACCCCCUGAGAUCUCACACAGUCGCAGUUUAAUAUCAAAGAGAAGUGUUGUUGAUGACCAGUUCAAACCUCCCUCCUGUGGGCAAAUGUGCCAAAUCGUUGUGCAUCCGAGCGGAACAUCACAUACGCAGUUAGCAAGUAAUUGAUGAUAGCAGCAGUAAUUAUGUACUUGAAGUUGAGAGAGUUUCGAAAUUUUCUAUUGAAAUUCUUCGCACUUCAGAAACAAAUCCAAGACUGCAACACCUCUUGAAAUAAUUUCAGUAAUCGAACAACGCCCUAUAAACUUUCCCGCUCUCUUCGAAUUUAUUUUGUUUAUUUUUCUUUAAUUCAUCACCACAUAUCAAUUUUGAAAGAUAUAAAAAAUCAACCCAUUUUUGCCGCCGAUCAAAAUCGGUCUUUUGUAAUUGAUCGAUUCGAUCUCUUUUUGUGUGAAAGAAUGCGCGAAAGGACGGUUUGUAUAAAAAAAUUAUUCACUGCGACGAUGAUCGAAUAUGAAGAAAAACUUGUUUCUUUGUAAGUAAAUGUUAUAGGCUAUUGGACAGAAUUAUGUAAAGCUAAUUAGGGGAAGCGAAAUUUUGUGGCCGCGGUGGUCACAGAAUUGGAUUCACUCGCGGCCGCAAAGGCCGCCGCUAUUUCUACAUGUUGAAGAAUAGAGAUCCAGUGCGAAAAGAGGAAACCGCAAAAGAGUUAAGAAAAAAUGAUUAAUAAAUUCACACACAGAGAGAAAAGUAGCUUAAGCUAGAAUUAUUAAUUAAAAAAAAAAUAUUCAAGAGCUCGAGUGUAAAUUAUUAUUGCUGUGAAUAUUAUCUAUUAAUUCUUUAUUUGUCAGGAUAAUGUUGUAUAAAAUCAAUGACGCGACCCGAUAAAUCUUCCCAGUUUUAAUUUCACCGAAAUUUCCUAUAAACGUAGCGGUGCUGUAUUUGUCGCAAAUCACUGUACAUAAAAUAGUUCAAAUUUUACGAAUCUCCUGCUAGUCUCGUCGAAUCCUGCGACAUCGGCGCCGCCUGAACGUUUUUACACGCACAUGCUUAUAAACCCCCUUUUAAUUGUCUCAAGACUGUAAAUUAAUUUUUAAUUUCUAAAUAUCACACAAAAACGAUGAUGGACGGUACAACAAACUUGUAUAAAAAAUCUUACCUCCAGCAUUAAUUUUUAGGGAAAAACGAAUCGUGUAUUUAAAAAGAAGCGGAAAAUUUCAAACAAUUUGAUUAUCAUUAUUUGUUCCUGAUCGGUUUGUCGCCCAACAAAAUGUAAUAACGAUGUGUAUAAUGGCCAUUAUUGUAUUUAUCCUCUAAGCAAAUGGUUCAUUGCAGUAGCGAUGCAAUGCGCCACCCCAAAACUUAUUACUUCAUUGAUUAUAAGAAGAGAGAAAUCGCUUUGUUAAAUUAAUCGAUAAAAUGAAAAAUUAAUUAAAACUCACACAAGAAAUGUCGAUAGCGACCAAUGAAUUUAACCAAUCGACCUGUCACUUUGAAUGUGAACAUUGAAUUUGUAGUUGCUGAGAAAGAAAGAAAAAAAAUCGAGAUGAGGACGCAUGUAAAAUUAUUGCAUUAUGAUUCUACGCGCUCUAUCGAUUGUUUGUUUUCUAAUAAUUUAGCUGUGUAACGUGUUAUCUAAGAUUACGCAUCAGCAUCUAAUAUAAUUAUAAACAUACAUAAACAAAAUGCAUAUACAUAAUAAGUGUAGUGUAACAAUAUUUAAAAUAAAAAGCGAGACAGUUAAACCAGUCU